AACAUCAAGUUUGUGUACAGAGAAUGAUUCGGAAGAAUUUUCUAACACAAGCUUUUAAAAAUGAAAAUGAAGAAUUGAAAAUAACGUGACUGAGUUUAUCUUUUUUUUAAUAAAUUGACAUGAAAGUUGUGCGUAGAGUAGUUGAAGUUUUAAAAAAUUAUGUUUGAAUAAGAAAAAUUUAUUUUAAAAAUUAAGGAUGUGUACCGGUCCGAUGAAAAAAGUUUUUCACUGGGGCCCACUUACGGCACUAGCUCUAAUAAAAAUAAUAACAUUAAUGACGAUACACUGUAUCAGACAAUUAAUGCCACCUCAGGAGAGUUUUUUGGGUGCAAUAAAUUUUUUACUUUUCUCUAGUCUCAGUGGAUCGACACUCUAUCAUUUUAUAUAUGCCAUUUACGAGGGACCGGGAUUUUUGCCCUUAAAUUGGUGGCCGAAAGAUGAAUCUGAUUGCGAAUACCUUCAGUUUUGCUCAAUUUGUCAAGGCUAUAAAGCACCACGAUCUCAUCAUUGUAGAAGUUGUGGUCGCUGUGUCAUGAAAAUGGAUCAUCAUUGUCCAUGGAUAAAUAAUUGUGUUGGACAUUUAAAUCAUGGCUAUUUCACGGCAUUUCUAGCAAGUGCUGUUGGUGGCUCUUUACUUUCGACAAUUAUUUUAAUCUCAUGGAUUAUGCAAAUUUUUUCACCGAGGACCAUGAUGUUUCCACCGCCAUCAUUACUUAUUCUUUUUCUCGCAAUUUUCACCAUUGGUUUAUCAAUAGGAGUCGUCAUUGCUGUCGGCAUGUUACUUUAUUUUCAAAUAAUCGCUAUUCUAAGGAAUAGAACGGGGAUCGAAGACUGGAUUUUUACGAAGGCGCAAUAUCGUCGUUACAAGACGAACGAAAUAUUUAUUCAUCCCUAUGAUAUUGGAAGAAUGGGGAAUAUUAAGCAAGUGAUUUCUUUGCAUUGCAUUCCGUCAGGCGAUGGAAUUCAUUGGCCUGUUAUUGAUGGCUGUGAUCAAUACACAUUAACGCGGGAACAAUUGGCCCAAAAAAUGGAAAAACGUCGUCAUGCCCGAAAAUUCAGAAUUAUUGCACCAGCAUCGGGAUCGUGGCUACCAAUAAGUCAUGGUUUUAAAGUAUUUUGUUCGCCACCUUUCACUAAUGAUUCGCGAAUAAAAUUAAAAAUCGGUGACAUAGUGAACGUCACUCGACGAAACAAAAAUUGGCUAUUUGGAGAAAGAGAACAGGAGGAAUCAAAGGACAAUAAAUUGAAUCGUGUUCGAGGCUGGUUUCCUCGACCGUGCGCAAUUGAAGUUAUCGAAAAUGAAACCGUAAAAAAUCCACAUUUUAAAGUGGAUUAAUUGGCAAUUUUAACUUUUAAAAAAAAAAAAUUCCAUCA